AUAACUUUGGUAUUGGACUAUAUUUUGGUAAAAAGCUUUAUUUAUGCAGGAAAUAAUUAAAAAAAAGCUUUUAAAAGUACUUUAUUUUAAACCACCUUCUAAUGAGGAAAAUCGUCCUCAAGAAUCACAUGAACCUUUACAGACAAUAUAUAAUGAUGAUAAUAAUUAUAACAAAAGGAAAGGAAAUGACUUAUACUUUAUUAUUAAGGCAAUUUUUAUGAGUAGUUAUCUGAAUAUUCUUAUUUUUUUUGUGCCAUUAGGCAUUUUAUAUGGUUACUUUGAAUGGAAUCCUACAUUAGUAUUUAUUUUUAAUUUUUUAGCAAUAUUUCCUUUAGCAACAAUACUUACUUUUUUAACAGAAGAACUUUCUAUGAAAGUUGGACAAACAACAGGAAGUCUUUUAAAUGCUAGUCUGGGCAAUAUUGUAGAAAUGAUUAUUUCUAUUAUUGCAUUAAAUAAAGGACAAUUAAGAAUUGUUCAGACAUCAAUGCUUGGUUCUAUUUUAUCGAAUGAUCUUUUAGUUCUUGGGAUAUGCUUUAUUGCAGGUGGAUUACAUUAUCGAGAACAGCAAUUUAAUAUGACAGUUGCACAGACUAUGUCUUCUCUUAUGGCAGUGGCAACUAGUUCUCUUUUAAUACCAGCUGCUUUUAGACUAUCAUUACCUGGAACAGAUGAGACAAAUAAAAAUAUUAUUAUGUUAUCACGUGGUACAUCAAUAAUUUUAUUAAUUAUAUACUUUUUAUAUUUAAUUUUUCAAUUAAAAACACAUACAGAAUUAUAUGAAACAGUUAUUGAAGAUACUCAUAAAGAAUUAAUUCCACCUAUUAUCUCUGGACUUUUUCUCGUAUUAGUAACACUUUUGGUUUCUUUAUGUGCUGAAUAUCUUAUUGAUUCAAUUGAUUUGUUUGCUGCUUCAUAUAAUGUUAAUAAAACAUUCAUAGGUUUAAUACUUAUACCUAUCGUUGGCAAUGCCGCAGAACAUGCUACUGCUGUUAUAGUAUCAGUAAAAAACAAAAUGGAUCUUGCAGUUGGCGUAGCUCUUGGUUCUUCGAUGCAGAUAGCACUUUUUGUUACACCAUUUCUUAUCAUUGUUGGCUGGAUCAUUGGACAACCUCUUACAUUAUAUUUUAAAACAUUUGAAACAGUUAUCAUGUUUGUUAGUGUUUUCAUUGUUAAUUAUUUAAUUCAAGAUGGGAAAAGUAAUUGGCUUGAGGGGAUUAUGCUUAUAGCGGUUUAUUGCAUUAUUUCAAUUGCAUUUUUUCUUUAUCCAGAACAAAAGGCUGUUUAAUCUUAUCAUUAUUCAUUUAUCUAUAUACACAUACACAUUUAUAAAA